CAAGUGCGGGGCGGCAGUGGGAGAGGUCUGGUCCCUUCUCUGGUAUCACUGGUCUUUCCAGCCGAGGAGGGAGAGUAGAGAGUCACAGGAAGUGGCCCCAGGGGCCAGAUAAGCUGAAGGAAAGCAGGGUAGCUGGAAGGACGGAGAAUAGGUGGAGCUUCACACACGCGAACACACACACACACACACACACACACACACACACACACACACACAAAGGGAGGGAGAGGACCCAGGCCUGGAGGCAGCACCUACAGGCUGAGAGGGGCUCCCAGAGGGUCCCGGGACACAGCAGUCCUGACCAUGCUGCCCUCCGUCCCUCUGCUUCUCCUGAUGGCGCUGUCUGCGUGCGCUGUGACGGUGGACGAGGAGCUGGCACUCGGAGCUAAAGCACGGCCCUGGGUAACCGUGACGCUGGAGGACGGCAGCGGCCCCCUCAUUCAGCUCCCGCUUCAGGAGGUGAAGAAGGGCAAAGCGAGUCAGUUCUUUGGGCUGAUGGGGAAGCGAAUGGGAGGAAUACCUCCUAUCCAGCCAGAGAGAAGAACAGCUCCACCACCAGGGCCCCAGCAGGGACAGACGGCACGGGGCCUCCUGCGCAGGGCGGGACCCUCUACAGAAGAACCCUUCCCAGGCAGAGAGGACGAGGACCAGGGGUCAGAGGGAGAACGCCCAAAGCACACCUCCCGGGGACGAACCGCCGGCUCCUGACCUGGACAUGACAGCCAACAGCGGCCAGGCCAAUUCUCGUCUCAGUGCGUCUCCUGCACCCAACGCUGGUAUGUCCCACCCGGCCUCCUCGAACUCACCGCGGUUCCUUCCAGAACUCCUCGGUGUUAGGCAAUGGUGAUGCAGAAAUGCACUGUUGUGAGCUGGGAGUGACCUUCCCCUCAGCACUCAGCCCCCCAUCCCACUGCUAAGCAGGGCCGAGUGCUACCCACUUCUAUGUCUCCUGUGCCCGGAACACAGUAGGAGCUCAAUAAAUGGACAAACCAUGA